AUGGAAUACAAACCGAUUUACAGGGCGAGGUUGCCCAGAACGCUACUAGAUUCGACCGACGACGAGCUGGCGGAAUCGAUCAUCUCAAGCUCGCUCGAUCUGCAUCACGAUCGCCCAGAAGCGUUCCAAGUAGAAGCCGUCUCGGCGCUUGUUCGUGCCAAGAAAGCCUUCGUCCAUGCCGCCCCUGGGUUCUGGAAGAACCGGAUCCCGGAGAUCUUUUUCAGCUUGUACGACGAUAAGGCCCUCGUUUUGGUCUUGAAUCGCUUGGAUUGCUUGGGUGACGAGCAGGUCAAGGAGAAAAAACUACUUAAUAUAACCGCAAUCAACCUGACUCUAAUGACCUUCAACCAUGAGACGGUCAAGCAGAUCAAGGAGGGCUGUUUCAGCUUUGUCUACCUCAGCCCAGAAGUAUUCCUUAACAACUCAUUGUUUGAAGAGAUGUUUUCCAGCUCCGAGUUUCAAAACCUACUUUCAUUGAUAGUUGUUGAGGAGGCCGAACUGAUGUACUGGUGGAGUCUGGUCGCAUCGAAGCAAGACAAACUGUUGAACACCUUCAAACGACACGAAGACCGCUCGAGAAGCCGGCCUUUCUAUGCAAGCAUGUCCGAAAGAUUGACGGAAAUACCGGGCGUGCCGCUUCUGUUGAUGUCCACUACGUGUCGACCAGCAGUGCGGGAUUCGAUCCGCUUUAAUCUCACCCUACGCCCUCGAGAGAUCACCAUGAUCACUGGCAAACUCACGCGUCCGGAAAUUCGUCUGCUCCGGAUCCCGAUGCAGUCCUCCUUGAAGUCCUGCGACGAUCUCCUGAGGAUAUACGCCCCACGUACCAAAGUCCCAGCCAUCAAGACCGUGCCUACGAUCAUUUACUCUGGCACAUUGGACGCAACGUUCCAGGUGAUGAAGGUCGUCAACGAGGCACGUAGUACAAAGGGACAUGAAUACGACCCCGAUAGCGAGUUCAUCCGUCGAUUCCAUUCAGUCACUGGCCAGAUGGACAAACUGAAAAACAUAACCGACUUCGCCCAAGGAAGAGUACCGGUCUUGUCCGCAAGCAUGGCCUUGGGCCUCACCCAAAACGUCAAGCGGGUCCGCUGCGUGAUUCACAUGGGCCGAGGAGACCCAUCUGCAAUCGUCCAGAUGGUCGGCAACUGUGCACUCGAUGGGAACCCCGGGUUGGCUCUCUUAUUCAUGGAGCCCAAAAGAAAAGAGGGGAAGAAUUCGCUGGACGAGUUUGAUCCUAACUUGAAGCAAUUGCAGUCGGAUGAUGACAGGAUGGAUGCUUUCGCAAUCACCCCUGUCUGUUUGAGAGUCGCGCUCAGCGUGGAUAGCCAGUUUGGUUACAUUCCAUUAUCUGAUACCGAUCCAGUAUUCCAAGCCGAACGCGAAAAAGAGAUUCAGGCCGAGCUUCCUGCAUGCCAGUGUUCAAAUUGUGCGCCAGAGGGCGCGCAGGCCAUCCUCAAUCUGGUCCAACAGAUGAGCGUAGAUAACUUUGACGAGAUCCUCCAGGACCCGUUGAGAGUCGCGAAAGACGAAUCGAUCGUGAUCAAGAAGCGGAAGAAGAAGCCCCAAAUGCCGGUUGGCACAUGUUCGCUCGACCCGGACUUGGCGGCGGACCUUGUGCAACAUUUACAGGACAGGUUUAAGAGUUUAUAUGACGAACAAUACGGAAACGCGGCCUCGUUUUGCGCGUCGCAAUUAUUCGGAAAGCGGGAGGCAGAGGCCAUUGUCAGUCACUUCGACCAGAUCCGCACUCCGGUGCCCCAUAACCUCCAACUUCUGGAGCGCGUGAUGGGCGGGGACUGUAUUCCUGACCAGUCAAUCUUGCUGGACAAUUCGAUCACCACUUGGAUGGAGGCGGAUCUUUAUCAAGGUGUCCUUCGGGAACGGUUGGCUCGUCAGGCGUCGAUUGGUUCGGAAUCUGGCGCGGAAGCGACUGUGGAGGCGGACACGGGUGCAGCUGCUAAGAAGGCCAUGGACCGCGAAGUUAUGGCGGAUGCGGGCCGAGUACAAACACGUGGAUUGGACGGAACCAUGGCUGAAGAAGAAACCAAAGCUUCGGGCCUACCGAAUAAACAAGAAGAUGGCAAUGGUCCCGCCCCGAAGACAACCAGCUCUAGUCCAGUCAGUCCAAGCAAAAAGGAAUGA